CGAAGCGGCGUUAGCUCGCGUAUUUCCCAAUUUAUUUUCGUAUUAGUUUUAGUUUGUGUGAUGAAAGAGUGACAAAAUGAUGAAUUUCGACGAGAUCGUUGUGAAGGAGAGCCCCGGGCUCUGCCGGUGCUGUCUCUCCGAAGGUUGUUAUAAAGAUAUGGGCACUGAUUAUACGUGGAUGUCAGAACGCGAAGUUUAUGCAGAUAUGCUGUUAGAAUGCUUUGAUAUUAGCAUAUCACAACACAGUGAUGGCCCCAACGGCCAGAACCGCCUCAUCUGCGAAGUCUGCAUUACGCGUCUACGCGACGCUUGUAAUUUCAAGAAACAAGUCCUUGAUUCUGAGAAAAGAUUUGUUGAUAUGCUGGCCAAGGGGAAAUUUAGACCUAAAGUAUUAAUCUAUCAAGCCGCACAACCUUCAAUGAAGGCAGAGGCGUUACUCGAGCAGAACAUUGAAGGCGUAGAAGCCGAAGUAGAGUAUCUAGAGGACAUAGACUUCGAUGAUACAGACGACCUCCCUCUAAAACUGCCCACGGAACCAUCAGCGUCGGAGCCUCAAGUAAAGAAAGGCAAGCGCGGAAGACCCAAGAAGUCCACCACAGAAAAGAAAAAGAAGGUUGACGACAAGCCGAAGACUAAAGUAUCAAAAGAUGAAUAUCCAUCAGGGCCGUACGAUGGUUUCGCGUCAGAACGUCGCCGGAAAAAUAUGCAAAUUCUCUUCAAUCACACUUCCAUUAUCCCAUUCAAGUGGCGAGGAAAGUACCUUUGCUUUUACUGCGGUAAAUUCUAUAACGAAUACCAAGAUUUCAAAAAACAUACAAAAUCACACGGUCUGUGUACCACCAAAGAUUAUGCAUUGAAAAUUAUCAAAGGGAAUCAUAUCGAAAUCAAGAUUGAUAUUUCAGAGAUGACUUGUGAUAUAUGCAAUGAAUCCUUUAAAAGUUUUGACGAAAUAGUUGACCAUUUGAUAGCGGAACAUUGUUUAGAAUACGACAAGACAGUUGAAGUGCCUUUUCAGCAAUAUAGAUUGUCAGACUGCCAAUGUCUGUACUGCGGACUACAAUUUACGUAUUUCGGAUACCUGAUAACCCAUGUUAACACGCAUCAUCCUCAAAAUCGUUUUAUUUGCAACGAUUGUGGAGCGUCGUUUAACAAGAAAAGAGAUUUGUCAUUUCAUUUGAGGAAUUAUCACAAACUUGGAGGAUAUUCUUGUGACCGAUGCCCUAAGUUAUUUGAAACAAACCGAUUGUUACUAAGGCACCAGAAUAACUAUCAUUUUAGAAAAUGCAAAGAUUGCAAUACAAGUUUUGCAACUUACAGUCUGUUACAAAAACAUAUACAAACCGAGCAUCCAAUUGAUGACAGCCUGAAAUGCAAAUUUUGUUCCAAAGAAAUGCAUUCAAAACAGGGUUUAAAACAGCAUCUUAAUAAAUGCAAGGUGAAACUCCUUGCUGAAGAUCCUACGGAGGAAUUAGAUGAUACUUUCGACGACAAAAUCGAGCCCCAAAAGAGACAAAAUGUCAACCAAAUCAGACAAAAUAUUAUCUGUGUUCUAAACAUGUCUACAGCGAUACCCUUUCGAUUUUUCGCCAAAUAUUCCUGUUUUUAUUGCUCAAAAAAGUUCUUAGACUUCGAAGAACUUAAAGACCACUCAAUCACUAAUCACCCUAUUUGCGAUUUAAAUGGAAAAUAUAUGAAAACAUGCAAAGCAGAUCGAACUUGUGUAAAAAUUGACAUAUCCACACUAAAUUGCAAGAUUUGUAAACAAUCGAUAUCGGAUUUAGACGAACUUAUAGAUCAUUUAAUUAAUAACCAUAACGCUAAUUAUGAUAAAACUUUAACCAACUGCUUACAACCGUUUCGGAUUUUAAAAGACAAUGUCCCAUGCCCUUACUGUCCUCUGAGUUUCCGUUAUUUCACAAUUUUACUGCGUCAUAUAAACUCUGAGCACAGCGACAACAAAACUAUAUGCGAUUCCUGUGGACGUAGCUUCAAAAACGUUACUAAUUUGAAAGUUCACAUAUCCUACGCUCAUAAAGGUUUAGUCGAAUGCAGUAUAUGCUUCGCAAAAUUCAAGAAUCAGUGGUGUUUAUCUCGUCACAAAGCCAAGAACCACGAUUCAAAGGAGUUUCAGUGUCCAAAAUGUCCAGAACUCUUUCAUUCCCAAUAUCAUAAGCAAAAGCAUUUAAUAAAAGUCCACAAUACGGGUCACAAGUGUACUUACUGCGGGCGUAUGUUCACAAGAAACUCGUUCAUGAAGGAUCACAUAAGAAGAACGCAUUUGAAGGAAAAGAAUGUUCCAUGUUCCGUGUGCAAUGAGAAAUUCUUUGACAAUUAUUUAUUAAGGAUGCACAUGGUCAAACAUGAAGGUGACAGAAAGUUUACUUGUAGCGUUUGCGGUAAGCUGUUUUUGCGACGUAGCAAUUUAUAUUCUCAUAUGGAAAUGCAUAAGAAAUAUGGUCACGUAGAGACGACUACGUAAAAACAUACACAGCAUGUUGAUUGCGUAGGGCAGGAUUAAGAAAAACAGUCCCUGUGGCAAACUUUUCCCAGUUAGAGUCAGGAUCUCAGUCAUAAAUCAAUUUACUUCCUAGACUAGUCCAGUCCGUUGUAUAACCACUAGACCAUAGGUUCCCAAGGUUUUUGGCUCAUCGCCCACUUAGGCAAGAUAAAAAAAUUCCCACAUCACAAAAAAUAAUUGAAAACACGUAUUUUUUUAUAUUAACAUAAAAAACACAAGGAAAAAAGUGUAGCGCAGUUUAGAGGUAGAUAAUUCACGUCUAUAUUCCAAUAUGGUAGCAUCUCCUGGACAGCAUCAACGCCUCCCAAUUGCUUCCGAGGCCAUACCCCUUAGGACUCUUCAGCGCCCACUAGGGGAACCACUUUGGGAAACUGUGCACUAAACUCGUUUUUUUUCAAACUCGACUCGAGCAAACCUAAUAUCAAAAGAUGGACAAAUUGAGCUUCUAUAAUACAUACAGUUACCUUUACCCAUCGGAGUAGCCGCAGCCUAACAUUUGUUACGACCCUGACACACAUUAUAAUUGUUCUGAUCCCACUAAGUAUGUGGCUACAACAAUGUAGAUAAAUUACUUGAAAAGAGUAAUGUACAAUGGUGUAAAUAUACAGUUCAUAAAUUAAACUUCAAGUAAAAAAACAUACAGUUGAUGAUACCUACCUCUGAUAUCCCGGAAUUAUUAAAAAUGAAAGCCAGAAAAAAUUACGUUUUUACUUACAAUUACAAAAUUUUACUUCCAAAUACCCUACCGUAGUGACGCAACUAACUAUAUAAAUAAAUAACUUAAUAAUUCCAAAUUUUCAGAGGGAGGUAUUAACCA